AUGACUCUACUUACCCUCCCAUUCCUCGCGCUUAUCUCAAUUCCCCUCGCCAUAACUGCAUCCAUCACCAUCUUUUUCUCCGCCGUAGCGCUGUCUUUACAGCUAACUGUCAUUUCAAUUGAAUUAUGCUACGCUCUCUUAACGAACCUUUUUACCAUCCCUCCUUCACCCAACUGGUCUUUCUUGAGCUUCAGUGUUUCAGGGCCGAACACCCCCAACAGACGGCGCUCAUCCGACUAUGGCUUCUUGCACACGCCGCUCGCUUUCCGAAGCCAGAGUCGUCCAAGUCUAGGACUCCGCAUGGGUAGCUCCAACCCACCACUAGAUGCUCAAAAUAACCAAGACAGCCCUCUCUAUACUCUCGAGAACAGAUACACUCACAGACCAAGCCUUCAUCAAAGCCAUUCCUACGCAAACUUGCCAGGAUUGCAAAGCCUCAUAAACGGCGACGAAUACCGAGACUUUGAAGGCCUCGGCGGAUGGCGAUGUCCACCAUCUUACACGAAAUCCCCAGGGUACCGCUCUGGCCGCACGACACCAUCCUCGGCCAACAGCGUCAGCGACGAAGUCGACGACAUUGCAUGGCUCUCCAUGAACAGUCGCCUGGAACUACCGUCGCAGCCUCUCAUGCUUCGCCGCGGUAGCAGUAGCAGUCAUAACCUACUUCACGGAGACACCUCAGCAGAGCCCUACCUUCCUGGAGCAAGGAGAAACAGCCGCGUAGGCAUACCUGGCAGCGCAGACGCGAAGAGGAGCAUCAAAGGACAGCGCCAUCAUCGUCGGUCAGCGACUACAUCUGCUGUCCCUGGGGGUGCGCUAUCGCCGACUUCGCAAGUUCACUUCCGCGAGGAUCCUCGUCAUGGACGGAAUGCAUUACAGUUCAUGGGUGAUUCCCUUCGUUCAAAGUCUCAUACAUCGUUGUUUGAAGAAUGGGGACAUAAUGCGAACUCGAUGAUGAGCUUAGUGAGUAGCGGAGCGGGUGGCUACUUUUCCCUGCAGCCGAUGAGCUCUGGUGGUAAUGGAGCGCAAACGACAAGUAACACGACCCCAAACGAAGAGCGGAAGUCAGCUAGGGUUGCCAUCCAGAAGGAGCAGAUUGGGAUUGGGAAAGCUCAUCAAAUCCCUAGUCUAGGAAAUCGCUAA